AUGGGGAAGGGGAUUAUUGAUGCCCUUAUACACAGUAUACCCUCCCCCAUCUCCAACCCCCCCUUCCCCGCCCCCUCCCCCGAACCCCAACUUCCCAAAUACCCCUUCUCCUCCUCCCUCCCCCCACCCGACCCCCUCACCUCCCCCCCCAACCCCUUCUUCCCCUCCGACUCCCUCCCCCCACCUCCCCCUUCUUCCUCCUCUUCUCCCACUUCCUCCGCUUUCGCCACAUUCCCCGCCAAUAUCUCCUCCCUCGUCCUCCCCUCCUCCCACCACCCUUCCCACAAGCCCCUCAAGCUCCUCAUCUCCCUCAUCCUCUCCCUCUCCCUCCUCUCCCUCGCCUCCCUCCUCCUUCUCCUUCUCCGCCUCCGCCUCUCCCCCUCCCCUCCCCCCAAAUCCGACAGCCUCCGCCUCUUCCCCCCCGACACCCCCCCCUCCGACUCCAAACCCCCUCCCCCCUCCUACCCCCUCCACACCCCCACCUCCUCCUCCUCCGAAUUCCUCUACCUCGGCACCCUCUCCACCCCCCCCAACCAACCCAACAACCCCAACCUCACCUACCACCGCCUCGGCUCCCCGGAACUCCACCCCCUCCCCCCACUCCCCCGCCAGCUCUCCCGCCAAAUCCCCCCGGAAAAUCAAGAAAACGAUGAAGGACAAGAAGAAGAAGAAGAUGAAUUUUUCUCCCCAAGAGGCAACAAAGCCACCGAAUUCAACAAAAGCAGAAGCCUCAACUCCCUCCCCUUCAACUCGCCGGCCUACUCCAUCUCGCCGGAGCGCAGCCCCUCCGUCGCCGCCAACGCCGCCAGCCCACAAUCAAAAUCCCCGGACAGCCUCGCCAGCUUCCCAGGCCCGCUCCGGCGAUUUAUCCCUCCGCCGCCUGCCCCGGCGUUCUCCCCGUUCUCGCCCUCCUCCACGGAGGAGGGCGGGACCACCACCCGAGACUGCUCCCCGCGCACCUCGAGCUUCUCGGGAGCCCCUCCCGCCCCCCCUCCCCCGGCCCGGCCGUGGGACGCCGCGGCCGGGCCCCCGGAGCUCGUGGCCCCCACCAGGAAAGUGGUGGGAGCGGACAAGGGCAGUUUGAGGAAUUCGGAGGAGGUUUUGAAGCCGAAGUUGAAGCCUCUGCAUUGGGAUAAAGUGAGAGCUAGUUCAGAUAGAGCUAUGGUUUGGGAUCAGCUCAAAUCUAGUUCAUUUCAGUUGAACGAGGAGAUGAUCGAGACGCUGUUCAUGGCUAAUUCGAAUGGUAACGGGAAAGACGGGGUUAGGCGCCAGUUGGUCGGGGAAGCCAGCCAGGAAAACCUCGUGCUUGACCCGAAGAAGUCUCAGAACAUCGCUAUAUUGCUGAGAGCUCUGAAUGUGACCGUUGAUGAAGUUUGCGAAGCACUCGUUGAAGGAAACGCGGAUGCACUGGGGAGCGAGCUUCUUGAGAGUUUGUUGAGGAUGGCGCCUACGAAAGAGGAAGAGCGUAAGUUAAAGGAAUUCAGGGACGAAUCACCAUUCAAACUUGGUACCGCUGAGGCGUUUCUAAAAGCAGUACUCGAUAUACCUUUUGCGUUCAAGAGGGUUGAUGCGAUGCUCUACACUGCCAACUUCGAGUCGGAAGUCGAACACCUCAAGAGGUCGUUUGACACGCUAGAGUUGGCUUGUAAAGAACUCAAGAGCAGCAGAAUGUUCCGAAAACUGCUAGAGGCCGUGCUCAAGACCGGGAACCGAAUGAACGUCGGGACCAACAGGGGUGACGCCCAUGCCUUCAAGCUUGACACGCUUCUUAAGCUCGUAGAUGUGAAGGGUGCGGAUGGCAAGACUACACUUCUUCACUUUGUCGUCCAAGAGAUCAUCAGGGCGGAAGGUGCACGCCUAUCUGGUGUCGACCAGAAUCCGACCGCCCCGAUGCCCACUCUCCAAGACGAAGUGGAGUACCGGAAGCUAGGUCUUCAAGUCGUCUCGGGAUUGGGCGGAGAGCUCACGAACGUGAAGAAAGCCGCUGCCAUGGACGCUGAUGUGCUCAGCAACGACGUUGCAAGACUAGCCGCUGGGGUUUCGAAGAUCACCGAGGUGCUCAAGCUGAAUGAGGAGCUCCCGUCGAAGGAGAGCAGCCGGAGAUUCUCUGACUGCAUGAGCGAGUUCUCGAAGAACAUGGAGACGGAGAUAGUGAACGUCCAAGCUCAAGAGGGCAUAGCGCUCUCGAUGGUGAAGGGUUUGACCGAGUAUUUCCACGGCGACUCGGCUAAGGAGGAAGCCCACCUGUUGCGGUUGUUCAUAGUCGUCCGCGACUUCCUCUCAACUCUCGACCGAGUCUGCAAGGACGUUGGCAAGAUCAACGAGCGCGCCAUGAUGAAUUCGGGCCGGCCGAUCCCGAUGCCCGCGGCUCCCAGCCUCCCUCAAGUCUUCCCCACAUUCUACGAGAGACCACAGAGUAGCUCCUCCGACGGUGAGGAUUUUUCGUCGGAGUAGCGCCCAGGCCUACCGCGGGUGAAACGACAACGUCUUCGGCAAUUCCUCCGUGUAUUUUGUUGGAUGCAGCUUCGAAUUAAGUUUUUUUGAAUAGAAUUGUGUGAUGCAGAAAUCAAGUGUUUCUCCUCUUUGCGUGAUGGAGAAAUGUUGUAGGGGAAUUUGUCAAUUGGUUUAUAUGUAAUAUUGUAACAUAUGCUAAGUGACUUUAUUAUACUAGUAAUCAAUUGGUCUCAA